AUGCCCUGCAGCCGUUUCCUUCCAACAGCUCGAUUACGCUCCCAGAUGAUGUUUUCGAGGACUGUGCCAAGGCAACUGGCGAAGAAGUCGCGGAGAGGUUUCGCAGUAACCGCAAAGCGAGAGGCUGACUUCACCCAUGCUGUAAUAGGCGGAGGCGCGGUCGGGCUGGCCAUUGCCAGGCAGUUAGCAGCUCGAGAGGGGACCAGCACGGUGCUCAUCGAACGCAAUAAAGCAGUCGGGAUGGAGACUAGCUCCAGGAACUCCGAAGUCAUCCACGCAGGCCUCUACUACGGCGCCACGUCUCUCAAGACCAAGCUGUGCAUCCGUGGCCGCCACUUGCUGUACUCCCUCUGCGCCAAACACGACAUCCCGCACUGCAACAUGGGGAAGUGGAUCGUGGCCCAGACCGACGAGCAGUGGGAGGAGCUCGUCAAGGUGCACAAGCUCUCGUGCACCGUCGGCGUCCCGACAUCCUUCGUCGCGCUCUCGACGGCGGCGAAGCUGGAGCCAGACGUCCGCGCCGAGGUGGGCAUCUUGGAAUCGCCCACGACGGGUAUCGUCGAUAGCCAUGCGUACAUGCAGUUCCUGCUUGCGGAUUACGAAGACCGAGGCGGGGACGUGGCGUACCAGGCUCCCGUGGUGGGCAUCGCGGCCGUCGGUGACCAGAGAGGGAGUGCCGGCUGGGCCAUCACCACCAGAGAUGCAGCCACCGGGGAAGAGAGCACCGUCAGCGCGGAAGUGCUGGUGAACUCCGCGGGUCUGGGCGCCUGCGCCGUCAACAACAUGAUCCUGCCGCCGGACAGACACGUGACGCCCUACUACGCCAAGGGCAACUACUUCUCCUACUCGGCCGCCUCCCCCCGGACAAAGCACCUCAUCUACCCGGCUCCCGAGCCCGGCCUCGGCGGCCUCGGCACGCACCUCACGCUCGACAUCUCCGGGCGGAUCCGCUUCGGCCCUGACGUCGAGUGGGUCGCCGACCCGGACAACCUGGCCGUGAACGACGCGCGGCUGCCGCAGGCCAUCGAGCAGAUCAAGCGGUUCCUGCCCGGCGUCAAGGAGGAGUGCAUCCAGCCUGACUACGCGGGCAUCCGGCCGAAGCUGGGGAAGGCGGGCGCGGUGGCGAGCGGGAAGGAGUUCUUGGACUUCGUGGCCAGGAAGGAGGCGGGCUACGAGGGCUUUGUCAACUUGCUUGGGAUUGAGAGUCCCGGGCUGACGUCGAGCUUGGCGAUUGCGGAGAUGGUCGAGGGGUUGCUGUAUGGGACGCACAUAGGUGAGUGA